GAGAAACUAAUUAGCCAGUACAGAGGAUGCUCAGCUCCCUUUGCCAAUCUCAGACGAAGUGAAUGAGGAGUACUGCAGACGUAAAGAAAACAACUGAGUCCUAUUGAAUGAACUGGAGAAAAAUGAAGCCCAUUAUUCUCCUGGUCAUCUUCGUUACUGGGAUCUUAGCUCACAACGCUUUCCCUCCCAAUUCCGGAAAUCAAUACUACGAUAACAAUUGUGACAACCAUCUGUAUCCCCUUGAUCGGAAUUAUCCAAACCAACCCAAUCUAGGAAGAAGCCAAACUCCAAAUGAGAUCGUAGUCGGCACUAAUUCCAACUUUGCAUUCAAGUUCUUGAAGCUAGCUGCUUCCAAUGGAGACCAGAGGGACAAUUCAGGCAAGAAGAAUCUGGUCUUCUCUCCCAUGUGUAUCUCGUCUGCAUUUGCCAUGCUGGCUUUGGGUGCCAGGUCAGAAACUUUAGAUCAGAUCCUCACAGGACUGAACUUUAAACCAACAGAGAUCGCAGAAAGGAACAUACAUGAAGGUUUCCAUGAUCUCAUCUACAUGUUAAACAGUGGGAGCUCAGGCCUCCAUAUGGAAAUGGGGAGUUGCCUAUUUGUACAAAACAAACUCCACCCACGACCAGAUUUCUUAUAUGGUCUCCGAAAUAUCUAUAGAGGAGAUAUCUAUAUGGAAAAUUUUAAGAACACAGCAGAAGUUAUACAACAUAUCAAUGGCUACAUUGAAAGGAAAACCCAUGGGAAGAUUUCUAAGCUUGUCGAUCGAGUUGAUCCAGUUACUGAACUACUAAUGGUUAGUUUCUUUUACAUGAAAGCCAAUUGGAAGAAGCCUUUUAACCCAAAGUACACUGAGCAACGUGAGUUCUACGUUGACCCUUACACUGUUAUCAAAGUGCCAACAAUGUUCCAGAUGGGCAUGUUUGAAAAUGGCCGUGAUGAGCAGAGGGCUUGCACCAUUUUGAAAAUGCCCUACGAAGGACAUGCUGAUGCAUACAUUAUCCUGCCUGACAAAGGAGAAAUGGACAGGGUGGUCAGGAGCUUGUCAAAUGACGCCGUGCGAGCUUGGAAGAGUAUACUCCAGAGGAGCUCUGUAGAUUUGUAUAUUCCAAAAUGUACAGUUCAUGGAGAGCUGAAUCUGAAAGACAUCAUGUAUUCCAUGGGUAUAGUAGACGCCUUCACUGAAAAAGCAGAUCUGUCUGGAAUCACAGGACAGCCUCAGCACAGGCUUAAUGGCGCCAUUCAUAAGGCUAUAAUGGUGAUAGACGAGAAAGGAACAGAAGCAUCAGCAGCCUCUGCGAUGGAUCUGGUACCCAUGUCCGUGCCGACUAAAUUUGAAGUCAACAGGCCUUUCUUGGCAUUGCUUGUUGAAAGAAAAACUGCCAGCAUUAUCUUCAUGGGGAAGAUCUCAAGCCCUGCUAUGAGCUGAAUAAGCAAA